AGAGUGAAAGUAACUAAGAGAAAACAACAAAAAAGAGCAGAAGAGUACACGGAACAAAGUGGAACAGCCCUAUGAUGCGACUAGAUGGGGGAUUGUAAAUGUCCACCAAUCACCUCCCCCGAAUCUUCCCAAUUCGGCAUUUCUCCGACUCGACGACCUCCCUUCACCCAUCUUCCGCAUGCAAUUCUCCAGCAAGUUGUUCGGCAGCGGUAGCAUUUGAUGGCCCAUCCGCCAAGAUAGGUAAGAUUCAAGAUUUUCCGCGCCUUCACAAGAUCUAUCUCGCAUGUGAUCUACGGAGUACCGGCUUGUGUCUCUAUAAUACCACCCCAUAAACCCUCCCGUGCAAAUCCCCCUCCUCUUCACCACCUCCCCUUUCCCACCUUACCCAACCGCCAAAAUGCACCUCCUCCUCCUCCUCCUCCCCCUUCUCGGGCUGAUCCCCUCAACGGCAGCCCAAUCUCGCACCACCCCCCCAUCCUCCUCCUGCAUCCGCGUAUCCAAGACCCCCUCAGCCCACUCGGCCCAAUUCUCAACCCUCUCCUCCGCCAUCACCUCCCUCUCCACAACCUCCACCUCCCCCGUCUGCAUCUUCCUCUACCCUGGCACCUACCAAGAACAAGUCCUCAUCCCCGCCGCCGUUAAAUCCGCCAUCUCCAUCUACGGCUCAACCACCAACUCAGCCUCCUACACCUCAAACUCCGUAACAAUAACCCAGUCCAAAUCCCAAGCCAACACCGGCGCCUCCAACGACGAGACGGGCACCGUCCGUGUAAAAGCCAACAACGUCAAGAUCUACAACCUCAACAUCGUAAACUCCUACGGCAAGGGGUCGCAAGCCGUAGCCCUGUCCGCGUACGCCGACAGCGGCUACUACGGCUGCUCCUUCCAGGGGUAUCAAGACACCGUUCUCGCCAACCGGGGGAAGCAGUACUAUUCCCGCUGCGAGAUCGUCGGGGUGACGGAUUUUAUUUUUGGACAGGAAAGCCCGGCUUGGUUUGAGAGGUGCGAUAUUAGAGUGCUGUCGUCUUCGGUAGGAUAUAUUACUGCGUCUGGGAGAUCAAACUCCGCCUCGCCAAACUUCUAUGUCUUCAACAACUGCAACAUCGCAGCCAAGUCAGGGCAGAGCGUGAACAACGGGGCGUUUUACCUGGGUAGGCCGUGGAGGGAGUACGCCAGGGUUGUGUUUCAGAAUACGGCCAUGAGUGGUGUUGUCAAUGGGGCGGGAUGGAGGAUUUGGAAUGCGGGGGAUGAGAGGACGUCGAACGUUUACUUUGGGGAGUAUGCCAACUCGGGCCCGGGGGCGGGCGGGAUGAGGGCGAGCUUUGCGAGGAGGUUGGGGGGUCCGGUGGCAAUCGAGACGGUGCUGGGGGGGGAUUAUAAGGGGCAGGGCUGGUUUGAUGGGAAUUAUGGAAUGUGAAAAAGUCGUAAAGACGUGUUGCUGGACCUGGUUAAAAAAAUGUUUCCGAGUUGGAGGGUGCUGGUUUAAACGCUUCUGUAUCGUUGAAAGGCAAAGCAAGCUCGAUACAUAUCAUGUCAUCAUGUUGUGACAGAACGGCAAGGGACUUUGACGACUCUAUCACCUACGAAUUUAUUAAAGAGAAGAGAUAGGAGAGAAUUUGUUCCCGAGGGGGGUUUGUAGUCGUCGCCAGAAAGAGGAAGGAACACGAUAUGGCAAAGUAGCUGCUGUUACGCAAACAUCAUAUGCCUCCGCAGCAAGCAGUGUUUCGCCUGACCGACAGCCUACGGAAACGGCAGUGGAAAGGCAUGGUGCGGUCGCACCUAUUCUGCAAGGGG